AACCUGGUAUACAAAGUUUCUUUGUAUGUACACGACAAUAUUAUAUGGUAUAUACAUAUAUAUAUAUCUUAUAUAAGUUCAGUAUUCGACACUACUGUGUAACGUAAACUUUAGAUUGAAAAAUGGGAUCAAAUAAAAUGGAUUUCUAUGAUGUCUCGCCAAAAAUGCGAGAAGUAAUAGAAUGGAGAGAUGCAAGAAAAAAGGUUUUACGUGAACAAUAUUUAAAAGAAAUACUCCAUCCAACGAAGCAGUCGAUAGUUGCUGAUGAGGCAUUUGACAGAUAUAAUGUUCUAAGACUUACGCAAGAGUAUCACACAAAAAUGACUGGUAAAGUUCUAUUAGUAUGUGGACUUGUUACAGUUGCAUUUGCAGGAUUUGCAGCACUAUUUACACGACAAAAGUCGAAGCAAGAACAUCGUAUUCGUACUGGUCAAAUAAGUUAUGCCGAUAGAGAAUUUAAAUUUAUAUAAAUUUAUACUUUGACAGUGUAUUUGUAAUAGUAAAAUUUGUACAUUUAAAUCUUUGUUUGUCAUUCAAUAUAUAUGUACAUAUACUGGAACAUGAACUAUGUCAUGUAUAUUAAAUUAUGUUGAGUAAAGCAAUUACUUUGUAAUAAACAUAAUAGAACAAUGGUUUCAAGUAUUUAGUCUUAUACAGUUUUAAUGUUGUCUUUGUUCUUUAUGGGAUCACAGAAAUGCUAAGAACGACUUUUUUACUUGUUUUGUUUAAAAAAAAAAAAAAAAACGAAAAAAGAAAAA